CAUCCACCGGAAGCGGCCAGUCAAUGUUUUCCGUAGUCAUUGUUGGUUAGCUUGCACAUUUUACUGUGUCUGACACAUAAAGACAACCUGAACAACAUUAACACGUUGUUGGAUUUCUUGUACGAAUCUCAAAAUGCCUUUGGAGAAUCUGGAAGAAGAGGGUCUGCCCAAGAACCCCGAUCUGAGGAUUGCCCAGCUGAAGUUUCUGCUCACAAUGGAGGGGCACCGACAGGACGCUAAAGUGAAGACGGAGCUCAUGGACGCGAUUAAGGCUAACAACAUGGCUCCAUACUACGAGGGCCUCUGUAAGGAACUCAAGUGGCAGCAAGACGCCGACCUUCUGAGUAAAAUGAAGAAAGCCAACGAGGACGAGCUCAAACGCCUGGAUGACGUCCUCGAAGAUGCAGAGAAUAACUUGGGAGAAAGUGAGAUCCGUGAUGCAAUGAUGGCCAGAGCCGAAUAUCUCAUCAGAAUUGGGGACAAGGAGGGAGCCCUGACUGCCUUCAGGAAGACCUAUGAUAAGACAGUGGCACUCGGUCACAGACUAGACAUCGUCUUCUACCUCCUGAGGAUCGGCCUGUUUUACAUGGACAGUGACCUCAUUACACGCAACUCAGAGAAAGCCAAAAGUCUGAUCGAGGAAGGUGGGGACUGGGAUCGCAGGAAUCGUCUCAAAGUGUACCAGGGCUUGUACUGCGUGGCCAUCCGAGACUUCAAGCAGGCUGCCGAGCUCUUCCUGGACACGGUGUCCACCUUCACCUCCUACGAGCUCAUGGACUACAAGACCUUCGUCACAUACACGGUCUACGUUUGCAUGAUCGCCCUGAAGAGGCCCGACCUGCGGGAAAAGGUGAUAAAGGGAGCAGAGAUCCUGGAGGUCCUCCACGGCCUUCCACCCAUUCGCCAGUACCUGUUCUCCCUCUACGAGUGCCGCUACUCGGUCUUCUUCCAGUCUCUGGCUACGGUGGAACAGGAGAUGAAGAAGGACUGGCUGUUUGCCCCCCAUUACCGCUACUAUGUGAGGGAGAUGAGGAUCCAGGCCUACAGCCAGCUGCUGGAGUCCUACCGCUCCCUAACCCUGGGAUACAUGGCAGAGGCCUUCGGCGUCAGCAAUGAGUUCAUAGACCAGGAACUCUCUAGGUUCAUUGCCGCCGGCCGUCUUCACUGCAAAAUUGACAAAGUAAACGAGAUAGUGGAAACCAACAGGCCUGACAGUAAGAACUGGCAGUACCAGGAGACCAUCAAGAAGGGGGACCUGCUGCUCAACAGAGUCCAGAAGCUGUCCCGAGUCAUCAACAUGUAAUGGCGGCGCACGUGCCUUAUUGUCUGCAUCGCAAAUGACACCCAUGUCCAUUUUGUGUAACUUGUUUUCGACCCAAACUUUGGAAAAAGGUGAUCCUUAUGUAUAUAAUAAAAUGUUUUCUCAACCCCG